GUACAAAAUGGUGACACGAGAGACUGCAAAAAUAGUGUGAAUAGCGCUCAGUAUGUUACGCUGCACAUUUACAAAUAAACCGUAAGCACAUUGUUAAAUGAAAGUAUCAUUCAAAACUGAGCGUUCUUUUCUUUCACUUUCUAAAGGUGUAUUUGAAAGCCCCGGAUCUUAAUUGAUGAGAUUAUGAGGCGUGAGAGUGGACAUUAUCGACAGCAUUGAUUAGUUCAUUCCAUUCAUUUAUUCAAGAAAUCUCGGGCAUCCCGCCAAAUGAAAAAGAAUCCAUUCAAGGCAUACUGUGGAGUACAGUACAUAAAACAGCCAUUAUCCUGUUCCUUGUCCAACGCAUCCUCAAGCAAUUUGCCAUGAAUUAAGUCAUUAUUUGUCUCUUUAUCGUGAGCCGUCGGAUUAAAAAAACAAAACAUGAUUCUCCUUUUUAUGCGUAUCCUUGUGACGCGGGGUGCCCUCUCCCCAUUGUGGCCACUUGGUACAGCACAAGCCCAGCCUCCACUUUUGAGUGUGACGCCCCCACACUGAAGGCCCUUGGCAGCUAUAAAAAGGCUCAGGACAGAUCCCGAUCACACGCACACACAACACACGCACCAAGUCCGCUGAGAGCCCUCAUCCUCCACUACAGACGCGACAGCUUCUCAUCACCGUAGUUUCCAUAGGAACCAUUCAUGUUCAAAGUCUGCCGUCGUAUGGGGGGAAAAGAGACCCGUGCACUCUCACUCAGCUUGCUUCUUUUUUAAAAGUGCGUUGGUUGAGGCAAUUGGUGCUCUUUUCUCUUUUGACGCAAGCCAAUGAUGAACGCUCACAUCAUUUUUGGGAUGCAAGGGAGGCACUGGUGAGUUUGCCCAUUUUAGUUUCCUUCAACUUGGCCAGCAUGGUUCCUCACAGAUCCACCAAAGGCGCAUCCAAAGCACGGCGGGACCACAUCAAUCAUGAGAUCAGGAAUAUGCGAGCUCUGCUCCCCAUCCCCCUGGUAGACCAGAAGCGCCUCUCCUACCUGCACUCAAUGGCUGCCGUGUGCACUUACAUCAGGAAGUCGGUUCUCUUGCAGGGGCUUCCCAGCGGAGAUGCCCUCCCCGGCUCUUUUGCUUAUGAGGCCUUUCUCCAAGCCUUGCAUGGUUUCAUCCUCGUCACUACUGUCCAAGGGAGGCUGGUCUACGUGUCGGAAAAUGUAUCGGAAUAUCUGGGCCUUUCUAUGGUCGACGUGCUUCAAGGAGACACCAUAUACGACAUGGUGGAACGUGAGGACAUUGAUAUUAUUGAGUCCAUCCUGAAAGGACACGAUGAAAAGACGUCAUCAUCAGAGAGCAGUUUUGUAUGCAGCAUGCAGACCUCCAAGACCUUCAAGCAGCAGCAAAGCAGUUGCUCAAUGCUGGUUCGAGGCAGCUUCCAGUCCUUUCCGGAGCCUUGUCCAUUCUCCUCCAUCAGUACUGCUGGCAAGACCCUCUUUCUGGCCCUGUGCACCCCCACAGUGGACCGCCUCGGGGGUGUUGAGUCACACUUGAGCCCCAGUUUCCGCAGUGUGCAUGCACUUGAUAUGAGCUUCACUCGGCUGUCAGACAGUGUUUUGUAUUUUAUGGGGUACUUGGCGGAAGAAAUGGUUGGCCGCUCAUGGUACAGCCUAAUCCACCCUGAAGAUCUAUCUUUAAGUGUGAACCAUCACAGGCGUUUAUUACAAACAGACGAGAGCCUGAAGGUGCAGAUGGUUAUGAGACUUCAGUGCAAAGAUCUGUCAUGGUCCUGGAGCUACAUUUGUGCUACCAAAGAGUCUCAGUGUCAGACUGCACAUAUCUGCUGCACUAACUUCAUCAUCAGUGAAACAGAGGCCAAGUUUCUGCAGGGGAGAAUGAGUGACGAUGCUUUAAGGCCAUCAUCCCCGACAGACAAUUAUCCUCCCAGAAGCUGUAAGAAGCAGGGCUCUCCCAACAGCCAAAGCCAGGAGGCAUGUUCGAAAGUCAGGGUGGAGUCUGAUGAAGACAUCCACCAUGGCGAUAUUUCACCCCUUCCUUUAGGGGGCAGCCCUGCGUUCUUCACCCCUCCCCACAGCCCCGCGUCCUCGAGCUCUCCUGUGCAGCAGGAGGAACUGAACCUCGUCUUCCACAUGGAUGUGCACACAUACGCUGAUCAGCUGCUGUCCUGCCCGGAGGCUUCCCCUUCCUCCUACUCCUACCCGGAAGCUGCGCUUGCCUGUCACCUUUCACCUCACCGCUCCCUCCUCUCGCAGCACACCUUUGAUCAGGGAGUCUUCCUCACUUUCAAUCCUCUGUCUCCGGCCUCCCCCUCAUCCACAGGCUAUGAUUUCCCGGCUUGUGCAUCCGAUGCCAGAUUAGUUCCAGACGGCUUGGCAACGUCAGACAUGAGUGAGAGCUCCGGGGAUUGUGCCCUGCAUCAAGAUGACUUCAGCCUAUUGGAGCAGCCACAAGAGGGCAGCCUCCAACAAGUGCACCUUGUUCCCCAGUACAUGUUACCUGCCAGCCUUCCAACCCCCAGCCAGUCCCCUCUAUCCAUGACAUCUGAGCAGUACAGCCAGAUGGAGCAGGCGGAGAUCAGCAUUCUGGCUCAGCAGAUCUCCUCGUUGGCUUCUACUUUUGACAUGGUUGGUCCCCUCGAUCUGAUCCAAAGCACUGACUGCCUGCCCUCCUCCUCCUCCUCCUCUUCCUGCUCACAUCAGUGGCCCAUCCAGGCUGCUCUCCCCUCUACCCUACAUACCAAAUUGCUGAAUGACGGCAUUUUAGAGAGCCUCCUCGACGAUCUGGAUAUGGUCGCAAAGAUAGGCUCUGCUAUUCCCGACUUCAACUGCCCUCAGGAAACCGCGUGCGCCUCACAACACUUUGAUCCGCGAGGUCCCAGCCCGACGACCUCAGAGAACUCACUGGCUCCAAACGUCGCUUUAGAUCCUUUCACUUUGCAGUUGGGAUGUCAUGACCAAAACACCGAGUUGCAUCAACUCAACCGCUCAUUGCAGAGUAACCUGCAGCAAGACAGACUUGCUGAGGAAAACCUGUACUGAAAUAAGUCUGUGACUUACGACGCUGCCCUUUGUAUGACAUAUUGUCAGGAAAAUAGUCCUUCGGCGGAUUCGUAGAAAAGCACCGCAAAGAUAUUUAAAGGACAUGUCGUACUAAAAGAUCAUUUUUCCCCAAUGUGCAUGUCUGAAUGUCAAGUAUCUCCACAGUUUGAGAUUUGUCUUAAUUUCUGCAAAAUGCUGUCUUCUUUCUCUUCCAGCUAAUGUCUUUAUUUUUUUUAUGAAAAAGGUACUUUAAAAUGUCUGACCACAGUGAAAACAAAACAUUAGAAUGGAAAUAUUUUCUCCUAAGUGGCCACGCUUCACUAUUGAGCACUUUAUCACUGUCAUUGCCACAAGAGGGUUAGAAACAAAACAGUGCUCAUUUCAAUGGAUUUUUUUAUUUAUUUUUAUAUUGAACCUUUUAGCAGAGAGCAUUUAUUGUCAUUACGUUUGUGUGAAACUGGGAGAUAAUAAUAUCUUUCAUUUUUCAUGCCGUGAUCAAAAUAACGAUUGUUUCUACAACCUACCUCAGCGGUACAUCUCACUGCAUUCCAAUUCUGGAUUUCCCAAAAAAUGAAUUGUAUUCAUUUAGUUGAACCCCUUAACUGUUUAAGGCAAAGCAAACUGUGAUUGGUGUAUCUUUUUUCACAUCUUAAAUGGUACUGUAAAUAAAUGCUCACCCUUUGUUCGUGCUUCGUAUUUUUAAAUGUAAAUAAAACAAGACGAAAACAAAUGUCAUUGUUCUA